AUGUCCCCGUCGGAAUUAGAAUCAGAUACAUACGACGUAGUGGUCAUAGGUACCAAUUUAUCCGGUAGUAUUGUCGCAGCAUCUCUAGCCAAAGCGGGAAAGUCUAUACUUCAUAUCGAUCCGAACGAAUACUACGGUUCCUCACACUCUUCUUUAACACUAGACGAACUUAUUCAAUGGUCAUCACUUCAUUCCUCCCCUUCUCUCACUUCACAUCAAUAUUCUCAAGCUUCCACUUCCACUUUAACACCUUCUCUUCAUUCCGAUAGACGACGUUAUGCUCUUUCACUCUAUCCUGCUAUACUUCCUUCAAGAGGUUCAAUGAUCCAAACUCUCAUAGAUUCAGAAGUUAGCAAAUACGUUUCUUUUCGUCUUCUCGGUUCUGUCUCUGUAUACAACUCCACCCAACCAUUAAAUUCAUCAGGAGAGAAAGAAGAAACUGGGAUGGUGAAGAAUAGUAAAGAAGUGAAAGUCAGAAGAGUACCAGGUAGUAAAGAAGAUAUCUUUAAAGAUACUUCUAUAAAUCUAAGAGAUAAGAGAAAACUCAUGAAAUUCUUACUUUGGGCUUCGGGAUCAUAUGAGAUCACAACGGUAUUCAUGGAGAAUAAACAUAAAAGGAUGGGAGAAUUUUUGAAGGAUGUUUUUGGUUUAGAUGUGAAAUUGGCGGAUCAGAUUUGUUACGCUAUUGCUCAUUGUGAUGAUCCGGAGGAAAAAGUGGAAAGGGUGUUGGGACGUAUGAAUAGGUAUUUGAAAAGUAUUGGGAGAUAUGGCUCAGGAGCUUUCUUGGUGGGACAGUAUGGUUCUGCUGGAGAGGUAGCACAGGGUUUUUGCAGAGCAUGUGCGGUAUACGGAGGAACAUACGUUCUUGGGCCAUCCGCCAAAUUAGAAUCCAUUUCAGCUUCUGAAGAUGGUGUGAUACUCCGACUACCUUGUCACCCGAGAGAUAUAAAAGCCUCAAAAGUGAUUUCAACUGCCGAACAUUUGCCUGAGAAUUUACGACCCGCCGCAGCCGAGGUGAUAAUCACCACCGCUCAAUGUAUCGCCAUCUUACCAUCUUUUCCUGAACUUCUCCGUCAGUCGCGUGGCUCAGUCCACGAGAAGCAAGACAUUCAAGAGAACGAAAAUAUUUCAGACAGGCAGUCAGAAGGUACUCAGACGGAAGAAGAGGGAUCUGAGGAAAAUGAAGAUACAGCGGUAUUGCUUUUUCCGCCGGAGGGAGAAAUGGGUUUGGUUCGAGCUUUGAUCAUGGGAGAAGGUACAGGUUCAUGUCCUCCUAGACAAUUAUCAGAGUCAACACCACCAAAAUGUCUCGAACCAUAUUUAUCACGAUUAUCUUCCGAACCCCUCUUCUCUGCAUUUUACUUCUCUCAUAGACCGAAGUAUGAUAUACCCGCCGAGAAACUUCUGCCGUCGGAUAAAAACAUAGUGUUGUUACGUCCCUGUGAAAGUCUAGAUAUGACGGAAGGGAUGGACUGGGAAGCGAAACAGGCAGAAGCUGCUUUCUGGCAGGUUGUGGGUAAAGAUGGGCAAGUGGGAUAUUUCGAGAAGACGGAGGAAGGUGAAGAGUCUGAGUAG